UGCUACCACGACGUCCAUCCUGGCUAGGUCUUCUUGGCGGCCGCGGAUGAACGCCGCCCUAGAUGCCGCCGGAGUGGCCCGCCGCCGCAGCCCACGCCUCCAUCCCCAGGUUCAGGCGAAUGAGGAGGGAGCCGGACUGAAUCUGAGGCGCAGUGCGCGUCUCCAUCCCCCAGUCCACGCAAGUGACGAGGGCGACGGAGUCACCCGCCGCCGCAGCCCUCGCCUCCAUCCCCAGGUUCAAGGAGUGGCUCGUCGGCGCAGCACGCGCCUCCGUCCCAAGGUCCACGCCACUGAGGAGGCAUCCGGAGUGAUCCGCAGCAGUCGUCGCCGCCGCCACAGCUCGCCAGCGGCGCUGGCCUCACCGCUUGAAGAUGACGAUCUCCUGAGGGAGAUCCUGCUCCGUCUCCCGCCGCAGACCUCCUCCCUGCCCCGCGCCUCAGCCGUCUGCAAGCGGUGGCGACACGCCACCACCGACCCAAGGUUCCACCGCCAGUUCCGUGCAUAUCACCAAAAGCCGCCCCUCCUUGGUUUCUUCGAGGAUAGCUUGGAUGGUAUUGUGUUCAGACCAAUCCUGGACCAUCCGGUCGUAUCCCUCCACAGUGCUUCGACCUGCGACCCCACGGCAUUGACAGUGGCAACCUCUCGAGGUUCCGUCUGCUUGGGUGCCGCCACGGUCGCCUUCUCAUCAUGCGCCCGCCGCAGCAGGAUCUUAUUGUCAUUGCCCCCAUGAACGGCGAGGAGUGCCGUGUGUCCAUUCCGCCGGAGUUCAAUAAACGCUAUGUCAAUGGGGCGGUGCUCUGUGCUGCUACUGAUCACGACCAUGUGCACGAAAAAUGCCACUUGAGCCCAUUCAAGGUGAUCUUGCUAUCCACGAGCACCUACUAUAGUGGUCC